AUAUAAAAGCUGUGAAUUUCUACUUCAAAAUGAGUAUACCAUGAUAUUAAUUUUACUAUGAAAGUUGUUAGUUAGUCUCCCCUGAAAGCGAGCAUCCAACAUGGGAAGAAAAAACAGCAUGUUCCAGUAUGCUGAUGGUGUGGACAAGUGGUUGAUGUUGUUGGGGACUCUGGGCUGCAUAGGAGACGGGUUGCAGAGCGCUCUUUCUAUGUUCAUUCUAAGCGAUAUCAUCAACGACUAUGGAAAAAGCAAUAGUUCUAUCACAAUACAUAUUGUAGACAAGUAUGCACUCAAGCUACUCUAUGUUGCUGUUGGAGUUGGGAUUUCAGCAUUUAUCGAAGGAAUAUGUUGGACAAGAACUGCAGAGAGACAGACUUCUCGGAUGAGAAUAAAGUACCUGAAAUCUGUUCUAAGACAAGAAGUUGGUUUCUUUGAUUCCCAAGGUGCUGAUUCUUCAAUAACAUACCAGGUUGUCUCAACCCUCUCCUCAGAUGCCAACUCAAUCCAAGCCGUGAUAGGCGAGAAGAUACCUGACUGCCUUGCCUACACGGCUGCUUUCAUCUUCUGCCUGCUGUUUGCCUUCAUAUUGUCAUGGAGAUUAGCAUUGGCGUCUCUUCCUUUUACAGUCAUGUUCAUCAUUCCGGGACUGGGAUUUGGGAAGCUGAUGAUGGACCUGGGAAUGAAGAUGAUUGAAUCUUAUGGGGUUGCUGGUGGGAUUGCGGAGCAGGCCAUUUCUUCAAUAAGAACUGUAUAUUCAUUUGUGGGAGAGCAUCAAACACUAGUUAAGUUCAGUCAAGCACUUCAGAAAACUAUGGAGCUAGGAAUAAAGCAAGGUUUCGCCAAGGGAUUGAUGAUGAGUAGCAUGGGAAUAAUCUAUGUCAGCUGGGCUUUCCAGGCCUGGAUUGGGACUUAUCUGGUUACUAAGAAAGGAGAAAGCGGUGGCCCGUUAUUUGUAGCUGGAUUCAAUGUCCUCAUGGGAGGAUUGUAUGUCUUGAGUGCACUCCCAAAUCUGACUUCCAUCUCAGAGGCAACAGCUGCUGCUACUCGGAUUUUUGAGAUGAUCGAUCGAGUUCCUGCCUUGGACUCUGAAGAUAGAAAGGGGAAGGCUUUAGCAUAUGUGAGAGGGGAGAUCGAGUUUAAGGACAUCCAUUUUAGUUACCCAUCAAGACCUGAUUCACCAAUUCUACAGGGUUUCGAUCUAAGAGUUCGGGCUGGUAAGACCGUGGGGCUUGUUGGGGGCAGUGGCUCUGGGAAGUCCACUGUCAUUUCAUUGCUUGAAAGAUUUUAUGACCCCACCAAAGGAGAGAUUCUCUUGGAUGGAUACAAAGUUAAUAGGCUUAAUCUUAAAUGGUUGAGAUCCCAAAUGGGUCUGGUCAAUCAAGAGCCAGUCCUCUUUGCAACUUCCAUAAAAGAGAACAUACUUUUCGGAAAAGAAGGAGCCUCAAUGGAGCUUGUAGUAAGUGCGGCUACGGCCGCAAAUGCUCAUGACUUCAUCACCAAGUUACCAGAUGGAUACGAAACACAGGUUGGGCAAUUUGGAGUUCAACUGUCUGGUGGGCAGAGGCAGCGAAUUGCCAUAGCGAGGGCUCUAAUCAGGGAUCCGAAAAUCCUCCUGCUUGAUGAAGCUACAAGUGCUUUGGAUACAGAGUCUGAAAGAAUAGUACAGGAUGCACUGGAUCAAGCAUUGGUAGGGAAGACAACAAUUGUUGUUGCCCAUCGCCUCUCCACAAUCCGAAUGGCCAGUAUGAUUGUGGUUCUUCAGAAUGGGAGAGUUGUAGAAAAAGGGUCACAUGAUGAGUUGAUGCAAAUGAAUGGAAGACAGGGCGGGGAGUACUUCAGAAUGGUACAGUUGCAGCAGAAGGCGAUGCAAAGUGAAGAGGAUUCUUUCUGUUCUGAUUAUCAGUCUGAUGUAAAAUACCAACACAGGAUGUAUACGGCACCAAGCCCAAUCAGUGUCAGAUCAAGCACACCGAGUACCCCAGCAUUGCAUGCCUUUAGCCCAGCAUAUUCCAUCAGUGCACCUUUCUCAAUCCAAUUUGACCCCUCUGAAGAAAGUUAUGAAGAAGAUUCAGAGAAGUCGACUUAUCGACCUCCUUCUCAGUGGCGUCUGCUGAAAAUGAAUGCACCCGAAUGGAAAAGUGCCUUGCUUGGAUGCCUAGGGGCCAUAGGCUCUGCAGCAGUUCAACCCAUCAAUGCUUACUGUGUGGGGACACUUAUAUCAGUGUAUUUCAACACUGAUGAGUCCUCCAUGAAAUCUGAAUCCAGAUUCUAUUCCUACCUUUUCUUAGGCCUUUGCGUUUACAACUUCAUCAUGAAUGUCCUCCAACAUUACAAUUUUGCAGUCAUGGGAGAAAGAUUUACCAAAAGGGUUAGGGAGAAACUGCUAGAAAAGCUGAUGACUUUCGAGAUUGGGUGGUUUGAUCAAGAAGAGAACAAUAGUGCAGCCGUUUGUGCAAGGUUAGCUACAGAAGCCAGCAUGGUUCGAACUCUUGUUGGGGAGCGUAUGUCUUUACUGGUUCAAGCGGUCUUUGCGACUUCUUUUGCAUAUGGACUAGGACUUGUGCUCACAUGGAGACUCACCCUUGUGAUGAUUGCAGUGCAGCCACUAGUCAUUGGAAGCUUUUACUCCAGAACUGUUUUGGCAAAAAGUAUGUCUUCUAAAGCCCGAAAAGCACAGAAGGAAGGAAGCCAAUUAGCAAGUGAAGCUACUGUCAACCAUAGAACUAUUACUGCCUUCUCUUCUCAGAGGAGAAUACUGGGGCUCUUCAAAGACAGCCUGAAAGGUCCUAGAAAGGAGAAUGUUAAGCUAUCCUGGUUUUCUGGCUUUGGAUUGUUUAUGGCCCAGUUCUUAACAACAGCUUCCAUGGCUUUGGCUUUCUGGUAUGGAGGGAGGCUAAUGACACAAGGAUUAAUAACCCCAAAGCGCCUUUUUCAAGCAUUCUUGAUCUUGACAUUUACGGCUAAAAUCAUUGCAGAUGCAGGAAGCAUGACUUCUGAUUUAUCUAAAGGAAGCAAUGCCAUCCGAUCAGUUUUUGCAAUCCUGGACAGGAAAAGUGAGAUUGAUCCAGAAAACUCAUGGGGAAUUGACCCUGAGAAAACAACAGUGAAGGGCCGGAUAGAGCUGAAAAAUGUAUUCUUUGCAUAUCCAGCAAGGCCAAAUCAAUUGAUCCUGAAGGGCCUGAGCCUUAAAAUUGAAGCAGGAAGAACAGUUGCAUUAGUGGGGCAGAGUGGCUCUGGAAAAUCUACCAUCAUCGGGCUUAUUGAGAGAUUUUACGACCCACUGAGGGGAUCAAUACAUAUAGAUGAACUGGAUAUCAAGAACCAUAACUUAAGGAUCCUGAGAUCAAAUAUCGCACUAGUCAGCCAGGAGCCAACCCUUUUUGCAGCAACCAUCCGUGAGAACAUUGCCUAUGGGAAAGAAAAUGCUACAGAAUCCGAGAUAAGGAAGGCUGCGGUUCUUGCCAAUGCCCAUGAAUUCAUAAGUGGAAUGAAAGACGGGUACGACACUUACUGUGGAGAAAGAGGGGUUCAAUUAUCAGGAGGCCAGAAACAAAGAGUAGCAAUAGCUCGAGCCAUACUCAAGAAUCCAUCAGUCCUGCUCCUGGACGAGGCGACCAGUGCCCUGGACAGCGCAUCCGAAAGGUCGGUCCAAGAAGCACUUGACAAGAUGAUGGUUGGAAGAACAUGUCUAGUCAUUGCUCACCGGUUGUCCACAAUACAGAACUCUAACACCAUUGCUGUAAUCAAGAACGGAAUGGUCGUGGAAAAAGGGUCACAUUCUGAGCUUCUUUCCUUUGGACCGGGCGGCUCAUACUACUCCUUAAUAAAACCACAAGUGGGUGACUCCCCUUACCGGUGAGCCUGAGAAAUUGCA